UCGGCCUCUCGGCGGAUGCCUGGCUGCCGCUCCCGUCAUUAUUCUCACUCCGCUACCCGGCUGCUACAGCGAGACGAGGUUGGGAUACAGCAGGGCGCCGGCUGCGUGGACCAAAGCGGGGCUGCCAGGCGCUGGGGGGGAACCUCACUGCCAUCCCGAUCCCCUGGGACUCAGCGAGCUCCGCUCCGCCCCGCUGCCGCCCACCGGCCCGGCUCUCCCGUCGGCUGCGGGCAGCGCUGGCGGCGGCUCCGGCUGAACGGGAAUCCCUGCAUCCCACAUCCCGGCGAGGGCAUGGCUGCAGUGAGGAGGAAGUUCGGCGAUGAGUACCAGGCGGUGGGCCCGGCUGCUGCCGGUAGCCGCAGAGAGCGGCAGCGCUUUGUGGACAAGAACGGACGUUGCAACGUGCAACACGGGAACCUGGGGGGUGAGAGCAGCCGUUACCUCUCCGACCUCUUCACCACGCUGGUGGAUCUCAAAUGGCGUUGGAACCUGCUCAUCUUCCUGCUGACCUACACGGUCGCCUGGCUGGUCAUGGCUUCCAUGUGGUGGGGCAUUGCCUACCUGCGAGGCGACCUGCACCGGGCACACGAUGACACCUACAGUCCGUGCGUGGCCAACGUGUACAACUUUCCCUCCGCCUUCCUUUUCUUCAUAGAGACCGAAGCCACCAUUGGCUACGGGCACCGCUACAUUACCGAGCGCUGCCCUGAGGGCAUCGUGCUCUUCCUCUUCCAGUCGCUGCUGGGCUCCAUCGUCGACGCGUUCCUCAUCGGCUGCAUGUUCAUCAAGAUGUCGCAGCCCAAAAAGAGAGCUGAGACCCUCAUGUUCAGCCGUGCUGCAGUGGUCUCGCAGCGCGAUGGCAAGCUCUGCCUCAUGUUCCGGGUCGGCAACCUCCGCAACAGCCACAUGGUUUCUGCCCAGAUCCGCUGCAAGCUGAUCAAGUCCCGACAGACACCAGAGGGGGAAUUUCUGCCACUAGACCAGUGUGAGCUGGACGUUGGAUUUGGAACUGGAGCUGACCAGCUGUUCUUGGUUUCUCCAUUAACCAUCUGUCAUGAAAUUAACUCAAAGAGCCCCUUUUUCUGUCUCUCACAAAGAUCGCUAAGAAGCGAGCAGUUUGAAAUAGUUGUCAUCCUUGAAGGAAUUGUUGAGACUACAGGAAUGACUUGCCAAGCUAGGACCUCAUAUACGGAAGAUGAAGUUCUUUGGGGUCACAGAUUCCUCCCAGUGAUGUCCCUGGAAGAUGGCUUUUUCCGUGUCGAUUAUUCUCAGUUUCAUGCUACAUUUGAAGUCCCCACUCCUCCUUACAGCGUCAAAGAGCAAGAAGAAAACCUGUCUCUGUCAUCCCCUUGGAAUAGUCCUGUUGACAACAAAACCAGAAAAGAAAAGGUUUGUUCACUUGACUGCAUUGAUAUCGCAGAAGAAAAAAACAAACUCCCUCUUAAACUUCAGAAGAUUAGCUCAAGAAAGGAAGACCUUCCAAAAAGAGUCCUCAGAAUGAGUUCUGGUAACGCAGGGAAGACUUGCAGUACUGGGGAUCUCCUGAAUAUUCAAGAAAUGAGUUCCAUCUCCAACGGUGAAGACGGUGAUGACAGGAUACAGCUGAAAGCCUUAAAAAUGAAUGCUGAAGCUUAGGCUCAGUCCAGAAGAUGCCUAAAAGUAUGCGUGCUCUGAAGAUGAAAUUGGAAGAUAAUCUGCCUGCCAAACUUUGCAAAAUAAACUCUGAUCACCUCCCUUAAGAGCAGAAGCAUAUGAGUCAUUGUUCACAAACAGCAUUCAAGACUGCUAACCUGAAGGAGUUUUCGUAUAGUAAAGAAAUAAUUAGGUUUUCCUACUUUCUGGAAGGAUGAUCCCUUUUGUAUAAUUGUUCUGUACAGAUCUAAUUUACGUAGCCUAAUAGAAACUGGAGAGGCAGUAAGGUUAGACUGUUGUGCCAAAGAAGUCCCUGCCCUGAUGUCAUUUAGCAGCAUGCUCAUUGCAAAUCAACACUGUCUUCCGUACUCGUAGAUGCUUUUUCAUGAAGCAUGGACCAAAUCCUUGGAGAUCAUCCCUAGAAUUGACAACCUUCUCUACGGAAAUGACCAAAAAGAUAUCAGUGAAGAUUUGCACCUCAAGUGCUGGCAUUCAGUACCUCUUUAAAGUGUUACACGGAGUUUUCUACAUGACUAGCUUGAAUGAGAGGGAAAAAACACUCUUCUGGUUUUAAAGCUGAAGCUGCUUGCCUUACUGAGCGUCAGGAUACGGUGAGAACUGGAACCCAACUCAAUCCCAACACAAGAAGGACGCUGAGCUGUUGGAGUGGCUCCAGAGGAGAGCUGUGAAGAUGACCAAAGGGCUGCAGCACCACUCCUAUGAAGAAAGGCUGAGGCAGCUGGGCAUGUUAAGGUUAGAGCAGGCUCCAGGAAGACCUUAUCAUGGCAUUCCCACACUUGAAGAGAGCUUAUAAGCAGGAGAAGGACUGACUUUUUACGCAGUCUGAUAGCGAUAGGACAAGGAGAGCUGGUUUUAAACUAAACGAGGGGAUAUUUAGGUUGGAUGAAAGGAGGAAAUUCUUUGCAUAGAGGGGGAUGAGGCUCUGGCACUGCUGCCCAGAGAAGCAUGGGUGC